UCAGGCAUGCCUGCGAGGAGAACUGCAAAUAGGAGCCAUGACGACACCAUCAAAGGUGCUCUCUGGGGACACUAAGCUAAGGAAUAGGUUUUCGGCAAAUCAUCUCCAUGGACGGCUCCAACCAGUUGGGCAUAUCGAACGGCCACAGAACCCGUUACAUAAAGCUCGACCUCCGAGUGCAGAUCACACGACCAAACACAAACCUAUGGGCAAUACCCCUCCCACCCUUCUCGGAAGGCUUAAUCAAGCCUCCAAAGAGAGGAAGCUUCACCGUGCCAGGUACGGCCGCGAGCUUUUAGCUGCUACAAGAGCCGCAAAGAGAGCUGUUCUUAAAGCUCAGAGAUCCAGGCAUGCUGCGGAGGAUGCUUAUUCGGCACAAGCUUGUAAAGUCCUGAACAGAAGCGCAAUAGUGGUCCACAACGUGGACGAAAUCACAGCCUUAUUGGAGCUAUUAGGAGAAGCUCGACCGCCUUACGGGCUUCGCAGGGUGGAGGUUCGUGGCCCGGUUGGAAAUGCGGUAGACCCCCUCGUGCAACAAAUGAGGGAGAACCUCGAGGCUAGAAUGAGGGAGAAUCUCGAGGCUAACGGCUUUGAGUUGCGGGAAUGGAACAGUGACGCCCCUCCUCAACAGCAGGGGAAUCCUCAAAAGGUGGAUCAGAAGAGGAAUAAGCGGUGGGAGGAGGAGGAGGAGGAGGAGGAGGAGGAUGAUGAGUGGGAGGAGGAUGAUGAUGAAGAGUGAGAGGAUGAAUAGGAGAGGAGGAGAAGCAUAGCAGGUUCGA